UUAAAUAGGUGGAGACUGUCUGACUUCUUCCCCUCGUGGAUGAUCUUGCCAGCGAAUCGACUCAGCCAUGUCAUACGGUGCGGGUUUUGGGGAUCCUAAUCAACUGGCCCAACGUAUAACUUCCAACAUCCAGAAGAUCACACAAUGCUCUGCCGAAAUCCAAAGGAUACUCCAUCAGCUUGGAACACCACAAGACACGCCGGAGCUGAGGCAGCAGCUGCAGCAGAAGCAGCAAUACACUAACCAGCUUGCCAAAGAAACCGACAAAUACAUUAAAGAGUUUGGAUCUCUGCCUGCAACAACUGAACAGCGUCAAAGAAAAAUACAGAAAGACCGACUUGUGGGGGAGUUCACCACAGCACUAACAAACUUCCAACGACUCCAAAGGCAAGCUGCUGAGAAAGAGAAAGACUUUGUAGCCAGAGUAAGAGCCAGUUCAAGGGUAUCUGGUGGUGCUGCUGAAGAUGGCUACAAAGAAGGAACACUUGUCUCUUGGGACAGUCAACCACAAGCACAAGUGCAAGAUGAGGAAAUUACAGAGGAUGACCUCCGUCUCAUUGAGGAGAGGGAAUCUUCCAUUAGGCAGCUUGAGGUAAGCACAAGUGGUUUCACAGCAGA